AUGCAACACCUUAUAUCACUCCUUCUCGUUUGUAUUCUUUUGAGCACAACGACUACAGCGCCCGUCAUCGAUGUUCGAGCACCAUCGAACAUUCUGCGUGCAGGUGACGAUUUGCAACAAGAUCAAUUUCUUGCAUCGAACAACGGAGCCUACUAUGCUGUUUUACAAGGUGACGGUGACUUUGUCGUUUAUGUGUCAAAUCAUCCAUUUGUCGGACCCUAUCGUCUAUUUGUGCAGACUGAUGGAAAUAUUGUUCUCUACGAUACGUACAAUCGUGUCGUCUGGAAUUCACAAACAGGGAUGAAAGGAACCAAACCCCACUUUUUGGCUAUGCAAGAUGACGGCAAUCUUGUUCUUUAUGAUAGUAAUGGACAACCAACAUGGAGUACUGGGACAGGUCGUAGUCGUCAAUUCCAAGUGGAGAACACUUUUUGA